AUGUGUUGGGUGGUCAGAUCCAGGACGGAAUUCAAGAUCUACAUGUACGAACUGCCCUGGGAGAUCGCCUUUCCGUACGAGCUCGGGGAGGACGUACACACCCGGGACAACAUUUACACCGCGUACGAAGAAUUUAUGAAGUACUUUCUGGUGGACGAUAUGGUACGCACACAAAACCCGUACGAGGCCAACCUAUUCUAUGUUCCUGCAUUGACGUACUUCUACGCGACCAACGUUCGUAACGGCCAAUGGCAAGCAGAAGCGGUUAUCGAAUAUAUUCGUACUAAGUGGCCGUUUUACAAUCGUACAGGCGGGCGCGACCACUUCGUAUUCUUCACCGGCGAUAGGGCCUCGUGCCAUUUCCAGCGGUGGAUUCAGGAUAGUGUCAUAAAGGUGGUACACUUCGGGAUGCAGCACCGAAACUUGACUUGGAAUGAAAUUAGUAAUCGGGAUUACGCCUGCAUCCAGAAUAAACGGGACUUGGUGGUUCCCCCCAGAACCGUGAACUUGGGGCCCUUGCUGCCCAGUUUCAGCACGCCGUACUACAAGUGGUUGGUGUCGAACCAGGGUUAUGAUGGCAACCGGACUUUGCUCUUCUUCUUUGCGGGCGGUGUUGCAGAUGGCGAGUACAGCGGUGGUGUACGGCUCGCAAUUAAGCAGAUGCUCAGCAGUAUAACCCAUCUGCCGGCCGACGUCAAGUUCGUGGAAGGCCGCGUCGGCGGCGGCGAGGACGAGUACUUUGCCAUGAUCCGAGCCUCCAAGUUCUGCAUCGCACCGUACGGCCACGGGUGGGGCAAUCGCCUGGUCCAGGCAGUUCAUUUAGGCUGCGUGCCGGUCAUCAUUCAGGACUACGUGUACCAGGCCUUUGAGGAUUUUCUCCCGUACGAGGACUUUUCCGUACGCAUGCGGUUAGCCGACGUGCCGCAUAUGAUAGACCUGCUGCGGAGCUACUCGGAGGCCGACCUGGCGCGGCUGCGGCUGGGUCUCGCCAGGUACUACCGGGCGUUUAUUUGGGAGAGGGAGUACGACGGCUUGGCGUACGAAUGGACGUUGGCAGGAUUGCAGCGGCGCGCCUAUAACUUGGCCGCCGAGUACUUUCACCGGUGA